AUGAAGGAUAUCCCAGACAAAAAGACACCGGAUUCACUCCAUAACACAAAUCUACCUGGAUAUCUGAGGUGGCGGCAUCUUACACGUGCCACUAAUGACAUUAGGCUGCCUGAUUGCAUUUCUUUUUUGCUUAGAAUAAUCACAUUAACUGACUCUGUUAUUUCAUUUAAUUCAACAAAAACAUUGACUAAUACCUUGCAGGACGUAUCCAGAACAGUCUCCCAUCUCUGCAAGGAUAAAAUACACGAAAUUCAUUAUAGACAAAUCAAGCUCAUAUUUGGUGACAUAUACACGUAUACACAGAGCAGAUUUAAAAAUGAAUCGGUUAUAAUUAUAGACAUAGUGAGCAUAGAAAAUAGACUCAUGCACUGUGAAAAGAAAGCAAUUGACUGGGUGCGUACAAAAUAUGCUAAAAUAAAUGUUAAAGAAACAAAUUCAGAAACAAUCCGUACAAUUGAUGAACUAAUCAGCGAAGACCUCAAUUUUAAAAAGAGUGCAGUAUUGGAUAACAAACACACUGCAUCUUUACCAAGUUUAUGCCCAGAGACCGACUGGCCAGACAUUCGCAUGGAUAUAAUAAAACCAGAUGAUAAUUCUAGUAGUACCAAGAACAAACUAAAAUGUGACAGAACUACAAAAAAAGUAAAAGAAUGCGAGAGUGCUAUUAGUUUAGAAAAUACAACAGAUAAAACCACGCUUAAAAAGAAAAGUCCAUUAUGUAAUAUAAAUACUAAAAACACAGACCCAUUAUACAGAAUUGAACCGGAAGAAUCUAAUGAACUAACUAAACAGUCCCCAGAUAAACCAAACGCUCCCAUUAUAAAUACCACAGAGUGCACUAAGCCUUCUCCGGGUCUAAAUAAAGGGCUGUCUAUAUUAGAGAGAAUUAAACAGAGAGAGGCAGAAAGAAGAAAUAAAUUCAUACAGAUGGAAGAAGAAAAGGAAAGGGAAAUAAUUAAAGCAGUACAUGCGAUAUUCACACUUGCUAUUACAUCCUCUAAGAAAUCAUUUCCUAUUGACUUUAUCACACAGAAAAUAUCCAUAUUCACAACAUCAUCUAUAAAAAUAGCCGAUAUUCUAACUCAUCCACGCACAGUAGGAUUAAUGCAUACAAAAGUAUCUGCAGAGGGAACAGCAUAUUUAUUACUGGAUAUACCCAAGUAUACCACACAUUUUGAAUAAAUUCACCCGAUCAUACGACCAGCCUUAUAAUCAGCCCAUACAAUAGUUAGCAUAAAGAAUGUAUUGCCAAUAACCGUUAGUGUAUGGAAUAUCUCAUGAAACCCAAAGGUCUUAGGCCAUGGGUCUGGUUUUUUUGUUCCGUAUAUUAUGCCACCAAUUAUAUAUGAUACACCUCCGAAUAUGCUGAACACAAAUAGCGGUAAUUCUUUCUUUACAUAUUCUAUGGGCACAAAUAUUAUAACAGAAGCACCGUGUACUAUAUAAUACGACACAUUAACUGAUUUUGGUAUAUUCUGUAUAAAAAAUACCUUUAACAUGCCUAAAAUAGCCAAUAUAUACGAUAUUGGUAGAUAUAACAGAAUAUUAGAUGUGCCU